AUGGCUAAACAAAUGAAAACUGUUUAUCUUGCUCUAAAUCCUCUCAGAGAAUUUAUAGGUGAAUUCAAGGUUUUUAUAUGUCUUUAGUAUAAUAUAGACAAAAAUUAUAAUUGCUAAACUUAUUUAAAUUUAAAUUUAUACUUUUUCUAAUCAAAUUUGCACACUAAUAAAUGCAAAUAAGGUUAUUUUGAAAUAGAAAAAGAAUGUUAAUUAUAGUAUUAUUUUAUUAAUAUUAUAGUCCAUCGAUAGUUAAUAAAAAUAUGAUUAUAUUUUUUGAAUGUUACAGUAAUCCAUUGAGCUGGUAGUUUGAUCUUACUUGUCAGAAAUAUCUUUUCUUGUCAGAUUUGGAAAGUAUAGAAUAAUCAUUUUUUUAUGAAGUCCAAGAAAGAUAUUAUUUUGAUGGAACUCCUGAUUACAUUUCAUAUUCAAGAUAAUGCAAGAAAUUUAUUAUCGAUAACUUUAUUUAUUGCUUAGAAUACAUAUGCUAUAAUUAAAAUUUUGUUCUUUGUUGCCUUCAUAUCCAAUAUUUGAGAAUAAAUCUCAAAAUUAAAUAAGUUGUGCACUUUGUAAAGAUAAUUAAAAUUUUGAUUUUGAUGCAUAUUUUAGUAACCUUAAAUAAGAAAUUUUUUAAGUUCUUUAAUUGA